UUUUUGAUAUCUGGACUUACAUGGUGUGCCAUUCUUUUGGCAGGAGAGAAGAGAUUUGAGUGCCCUCUGUGCUCUGUGGUCUGCAUGGACAGCUCCUCACUGCAGGAACAUGUGGAGCUACAUUUAGAGCAUGGAGCUGCUGUGAGCUCAGCAGCCGCUGCUCACAGCCCUGGCUCGGACCUGUGGCUGGCCCGGGAGCUGCAGCGGGAGGACGAGGCCCGGCAGGAGAGAGAGGGCUUCAAGAAGCUGCAGAAGCAGUUUGGUCUGGACGGAGGAGGGGGCUACAGCCGACAGAUGGAGAGGAGCAUGGAGAAGGCUGUGGCCAGGGGGCUUCUGGGCCCCGCAGAGUUCCACUGCAAGAGAGCUGAGAUGAUGGAGUCUCUGGCCUCAGGGCUGGAUGAUGGCAGGACCAGAACUCAGGGUGUGCUCAGAGCGUUAUCUGAAUAUUACCAGACUGAAGCCAGAGACUGUGUCCAUGUGUGGCUGAGUGCUGACACGGACCACUUCUGCUCCUCAGCGGGGGACACGGGCUGGGGCUGCGGCUACAGGAACAUCCAGAUGCUCCUCUCCUCUCUGCACACCAUCGAUGCAUAUGCUCCCCUCCUGCAAGAGAAGGCGGUGCCUAGUAUCCCUCGAGUGCAGAGUAUGAUCGAGGAGGCUUGGAAAGAAGGGCUGGAUCCGCACGGCGCGUCCCACUUCAACCAGCGGCUGCAGGGAACACGAGCCUGGAUCGGAGCCACGGAGAUCUACGCCCUCCUCACCUCUCUAGGAAUCAGGUGA